AUGGAGUCCUCUGGCAUGGUGAUCCCAUCUGCUCAAGAACCUCCUUCCACCUCAACGAUGUCUAACGCGUUCCUUGAUUUGCCCAUCGCGGAUGAUAGCCAUGGCGAAGGCAAUUCGGUAGCGCCACGAGAACGCAGCCCGUCCGAGCUCAUUGAUUCACAUCCCGUCUCCGAGUCCUCCCCCGAACCCGAUGCCGCGGACGACUCAUAUGAUGGCGCGUCUGCAGAUUCAGAUGCCGAGGAUGAUGAUGCUGCAGAGGAUAACUAUGAUGACGAGGCCAAUACAUACAGCCGUGAAAACUCUUCAUCCCCUCCCUCCGCUCGCGGUGGGAGGCGCGGAUCGUCGCCGGUGUCCGAAACCGAGUUAAUAAGACAAAAUCCCGACUUGUAUGGACUUCGCCGAAGUGGUCGCGCUCGCACAACACGCCACCUCGCCGACUCGUCUGAUUCAGAGUCAGAUAUUGUCGCGCCGCGUUCAAAGCGUCGGCGUACCGAAACAUCCCAACAGCCCUCUAAAGCCUCGCGGUCCGCCACUGUGUCGUCACUAUCCGAGUCAGACAGUGAUGAGUAUGGGGGAAAGAGUGCUCGUGCAAGCAAAGCAAGAAGGCGACGUCUCCAACAAACCAAUAGCUAUGAACCUUCUUUGAAUGAGGUUCGCUUCUCAACGCGAACCGCUAAUAAGGUAUCGAACUACAAUGAAGAGGAUGAUGAGGACGAAGCCAUGUUUGAAGAAGACCCGGAGGACCUUGCACCGAACUACUGGGCGGAAACAUAUGUUGAAGACAACCGACCUGCCGUCGAUGUCGUUCUCAAUCACCGCCUCAAGGAGGGUGUUGACCCCCAAACCCAGGAUGUCGACCGUAAUGACUUUGAGUUCUGCAUCAAGUGGCAGGACAAGUCCCACUAUCAUGCCACUUGGGAAAACAACGAGUCUAUGUCAAACUUCCGCAGUACGCGACGUGUUGACAACUACGUUCGAAAGGUCCUCAGCGAGGAUAUCCGCUUACGGUAUGGUGUCGAUGCCCCCCCGGAGGACCGGGAAAAGUGGAAUCUUGAUCGCGAGCGUGACGUCGAGGCAAUUGAAGACUACAAAAUGGUUGAACGAGUCAUCGGUGUACGUGAUAGCGAAGAUGGCACCACCGAAUACCUCGUCAAAUGGAAACGCCUCUUAUACGACUCAUGUACAUGGGAGCCCGAGGACUUGAUCAGUGAAAUUGCACAGCGCGAAAUUGAUCGUUUCUUGGAUCGCACUGCUCGUCAACCUAUCUCUGACAAGAACGAGACCAACCUGGCCACACGCAAGUCGUUUGAGCCCAUCCACGGCACCCCUACCUUCUUACAAAACGGAGAGCUGAAGGAUUUCCAGAUCAAGGGUCUCAACUUCUUGGCCUUCAACUGGGUCAGAGGUCGUAAUGUUGUGCUGGCAGAUGAGAUGGGUCUUGGAAAAACCGUGCAAACCGUUUCAUUCAUCAACUGGAUGCGGCAUGUCAGACGGCAGCAAGGGCCAUUUAUUGUCAUCGUCCCCCUCUCCACUAUGCCAGCUUGGGCUGACACAUUUGACAAUUGGACACCUGACCUAAACUACGUGGUCUACAACGGUAGCGAAAAAGCACGCUCCGUCCUUCGUGACUAUGAGCUGAUGGUAGAUGGGAACCCCAAGCGUCCCAAAUUCCAUGUCUUGUUAACCACCUAUGAGUACGCAAUGAACGAUUCUCCUUUCCUUGGGCAAUUCAAGUGGCAGUUCAUGGCAGUCGAUGAGGCCCACCGUCUCAAGAACCGUGACUCUCAACUCUACAUCAAGCUGUUUGAGUGGAAGUGCCAGGCUCGUCUUCUGAUCACCGGUACCCCAAUUCAAAACAACUUGGCUGAACUUUCAGCCUUGAUGGACUUCCUCAACCCCGGCCUGAUUGAAGUCGAUGUGGAUAUGGAUCUGAAUGCCGAAGCCGCAUCGCAAAAAUUGGCUGAAUUAACCGACGCUAUUCAACCCUUCAUGUUACGUCGUACCAAGUCCAAGGUCGAGUCUGACCUCCCCCUAAAACCGAGAAGAUCAUCCGAGUUGAGCUAUCUGAUGUUCAAUUGGAAUACUACAAGAACAUCUUAA